AUGAGAAAUGAUCAUGUAAUUUCUACAAAAACAGAACCAAUUUUUAAUAACUAUGAUCUAUUUUAAGGUAUUAUAAAUUCCUUAAAUAGGCCCCUUUUAGUAUUCGCCUUUCACAAUAGGUCAUCCAGACUAGCCUGAAGAUGAUCAUUCAGUCAGAGAUCCAACUGUAAAAACUAUUGAAAAAUCGAAAUUCUCUCUAUCCCCUAUGCAUACUAAUCAAGAGGUGUUAUUUUUCAAGGUAUUUAAGAUUUCUAAUGAUAAAUUGUCUUGUAACUUUGAAGAAAGUAGCUUCUAAUUAUUUUCAAGUGCGAGGCAUGGUAAUUUUAAAAAGGUGUUGGCAUAAACUAAGCCUAUAAAAUUGAAACAAAAAUUCAUAGAUGUAUUAAGUAAAACAAUCAAAACGAAUUACAGAAUUAUGAGGUUCACUCACUUAUUCGAUUUGGAUUAAUUGGGUUUCUAAAGAUAAUGUAUAAUUAUAUAUGAAAAUUCAAGAUGUUCUACUUCCAAACUCAGUAAUUUUAAAAAUUUGGAACAUAUUUUAUUAUCUCUUGCUCUAUGUAUAUUUGCUUGUAAUACCUAUCAGCGAGAAAUCUCAUCAAGUGGCAUUUCUAAUAUUGAAAAUAGUAGACUGCUGCUUAAAAGCAUGUAGCGCUGUGGCUAUUAAAGGAGAAAUUGAAAGCAACAUCAGUGUAAUUUUGAAGAAGUAUUUCAAAAAAUAUUUCAUCUUUGAUAUUGUAAGCAUUUCAAUAACACAUAGAUAUUUUUAAUAACUAUGACAUUAAUAAUGAAUGCGGAGAAAUAUAAUUGGAUAAUUCUCUUAAUAAAUAUCUUAAGCAUAUUUCCAAGAUUUAUGGAUCUGCAUCAGAAUAUUUAAUUGUAAUUAUUGGCAUUAAUGGUUAGUGAAUUUGAUGUUUUUAAGGUUUAUCAAAAAGUAAUAUUGUUAAUAAUAGAAUAAUUUAUAUACAUUCACAUUAUUACUUGUUUUUGGAUUUACCAUUUAGAAAAUGAAAAUGAUGCUGAAGAAAGCUUCUCUUAAAGAUAUUUGAAAACAUUUCAACUAAUUGUAAGCAUGAUUACUUUCAAUUCAGAUUAUACUAAUUCAAAUGACAAUAAUAAAAUAAUAGCAUAUUGUUGUAUCUCUAUUUUAUCAUUUUAUUGCUUUGCAUACUAGCUAUCUAUUUUAAUUGAUCUUUUUAAACCAGAACAUAGAUCUUCUUAAUUGAGUCAUUUUUUUACUCAAAAUAAAUUGGAUUCAGUUUUGAAACUAAAAAUAAGAAGUCAUUUAGAAAAUCAACCAAAGUUUUGUAAUAAGGAAGUUAGUGACAAACUCUCAAAUAAAUUGCUUAAAGAAUAUAAUAUAGUUUAAAGAUAUAAGUUAUUGAGUCAAUAUUUUAAAUAUUUAAAUAACGCAACAUUAAAGUAAAUUAUUGAUAAAUGCAUUGAGAUAGUCUGUUAACCUAAUCAAAAUAUAUUUUAGGAAGGAGCAACAGAUGACUGUUCUCUGUAUGUUAUUUUAGAAGGUUCUGUGCAUUUGAAAUCAAGAACAGGCAUUAUAGUAUUUACAUUAACAUAAUUUGCUGUUUUUGGAGAACUAUCUUUUUACACUGAAAAUCCAAGAGAUUUCACUGCAAUUACAGAUGGUACUACAAGACUCAUUAAAAUCCAGAGAUCAACCUUUUUAUCUCUGUUGAACUUCAAUGAAAAAGUAACUUUGAAGAAAUUAAUCUUAGCAAUUCUUUUAUGAACAACGAGAUUUGAUACUUUUUAAUGAAAAACUACCAUAGGAAUGUAUUUGUUGUAAUUCCCACUAACAUGUAAUAACCAGUUGCCCCUAUUUAACCUACAAACCUGAUUUAAGUUUCAUUUUUAAAAAAUAUGCGUUUCCUCAUAAAUAAGUGAGAAAAGAUUGUAAAAUAUAUAAAAAUACAUUUAAGAUAAAAGAAGAAAGAAUAGAGAUGUAAAGGCUUACAAUUUUUAUAGACAAGCCUUUGAUUUUGAAAACGCAUUCUAAAAUUUGGUUGAAGAUUACUGUUAUAAUGUCUCACAAAGUCAAACAUAAAUUCCAAUUGACGACAAUCAUAUCAGAGAUUCAUAUGUUAGUUAAUUUAGUAAAGUAAGCAAAGAAAAGUCAUUUAUCAAAUCUACAUCAUUCUUAAAAUAACAAUCAGGCUUUGAUUAGUAGUCAAUAUAUAAUAAUGAUGUGUAAUACAAAUAUAUAUAUAAAUUAGAGUAAAUAUGGACUAGAAUAAUGAAUUUUAAUAUAUUCAUGAUAACAGCUAAGACUUUGAUUUCGUAUCAAAAGUUAGGACAGUUGAACAGAAAAGGACUUUCAAUACAGCUGGGUUUGGAUCUUAAGGAGGAGUUGCCUCGAAUAAAGACAUGACUGACAAGUCGCUCAAUAUUAUCAUGGAGAAUGAGGAUUCAGAUUCGCAUAAUGAUCAAGAAUCAAGAUACAAACAAGUCUAGAAUGAUGGGAAUGAGGAAAACUUGAUGGAAGAUAAAUUCAUCAGAAAAUACAAUGAUCCAAAGUUAACAUUUAAUAAUAAUUUUGAAUCCCAAAUGCAUGAAUAGAAUCAAAGCAGACUUUAACGCUUAGGUUCUGGAUCUUACAGAUAAUAAAGCUCCAUGAAUAGUAUAUAUCUUCAUCCUGAAGUUGUUAGUUAAAGAUUAAAUUCCUCAAGAUCCCUAACUAAUCACCAAUAUAAACCCAAUCUCAAUCAAUCACAAUAUAUAAAGAAGUCUAGUUUUUCAAUCCCUUAAAAAAUAUAGCAACAGUCUCGUUAAUUAGAUAACUUUAAUUAGGAAGAUAAUAAGAAUCAAAACUUCAUGAAUCUUUUCAGAAAAUCCAUUACAAGAAGAGGAUCAAAAUUGUCAAAUGUGGCUUCCAGUUUCUCUCCAUUCAGUGCUUAAGAAGUAUGUUUUAAUUUAAAAUAACGAUAGAUACCUGUUUAUGCAAACAAAUCUUUUGGUAUAGAUAAUUUUGAUGUGAUGUAUGCUUUUGAUAAUUAUUUGGCUCAUAAUAAUUAUGAAGUAACAAUCUUCUAGUAAUUAUAAUUAAUUAAUUUAAGGGCAAAUAAAAUUAAAAUUGGAACAAGACUACGCUUCUCUAAAUAUUUGACAGAUUAUAGACUUGUAAAGAUGGUGUAAAAGUUAAAAUAAAAAAGAUUUACAAACUGA